CAUAAUGAUGAGGAAAGUCACACUGAUGCCUCAAGUGAUCUGGGACACACAAGUGACUGCUUAGUGUACACCUCACUUUUCUCACCUUCCGAGGACAGUGCAUCUGGGAUAAAUGGGAGAGAGAAAUCGCACUCUGGUGACUGAGUUCAUCUUGUUGGGAUUCACAGACAACUUGAAGCUGCAGGUCACCCUCUUUGUAGUGUUUCUGUUGAUCUACUUGCUGAUCCUAAUGGGGAACCUCACCUUGGUCACUGUAAUCAGGAUUGACUCCCGACUUCACACCCCCAUGUACUUUUUCAUCAGCAACCUGGCCCUCUUAGAUGUCGGCUAUGCCACCAUCAUAAUUCCCAGCACGCUGAUGACCUUUGCAGCAAGGAGAAAGGUCAUUUCAUUCACUGGAUGCACUGUGCAGUUCUUCUUCUUCUCCAUCGCCAUCUCUUGCGAAUGCUGGCUAUUGAGUGUGAUGGCGUACGACCGCUUCACGGCCAUCUGCAGCCCAUUGCUCUACACCGUCGUCAUGUCCAAGAGGUUCUGCGUGCUGUUGGUGCUGGGGUCGUACUUCAUGAGCUGUCUGAAUUCAAUGGUGCAAACUGCAUUUAUAUUCCGUUUGUCCUUCUGUGAGGCCUAUAUCGAUCAUUUCUUCUGCGAUGUGCCCCCUCUUGUGAAGCUGUCCUGCUCUGACACCCGCAUCACAGACAUUGUUCAUUUCACCUGUGCGACGAUGCUGGUAUCAACUACCAUCCUGAUUAUCCUCAUCUCCUAUAUAUACAUCGUGGUCACUAUCCUAAGGAUCAACUCUGCUAAGGACCAACGCAAAGCCUUCUCCACCUGCGCCUCCCACCUGACGGCUGUCACCAUCUUCUACGGAACGGGCUCUUUCAUGUAUUUACGGCCCAGCUCAAAGUCUUCCAUGGAUCAGGACAAAAUCAUCUCUGUGUUUUAUACCCUGGUGAUCCCCAUGCUGAACCCCCUGAUCUACAGUCUGAGGAAUAAAGAGGUCAAAGAGGCCUUUAGGCCGAUAAGAGAGAGGAAGGUUUUUUCUCUGUAA